AUGGUAACUCCGAGACAUAUGUCUCAACAUGGCCUUUCUCUAGCGUCUAAGUUGGCGGAUAUCGUUGAGAAUGGUACGUGGAGAUGGCCUGAUGAAUGGAGGUUAGUAUAUCCGGCUCUUUUUCAGCUAGCUCCGGUUGUUCUAGACCCGAAUCGGGAAGAUGUAGUUAUGAUUAGAAAUCCGGAUGGGAGGCUUGAUGAGUAUUCUACUAAACAAAUAUGGGAAGCCAUCAGAACUAGAGGUGCCGAUGUACCUUGGGUGGACUUUGUUUGGUCAGCAUUCAACAUCCCUAAACAUUCUUUCCUAUGUUGGUUGAUUUUAAAGAAGAAACUAUGGACUCAGGAUCGAAUGCUAACUUGGAACCACAACAUUACUCGAUCAAUGAACAUGAUAUGUUGUUUACUUUGUUAUAGUGGGGUAGAUUCUCAUGCCCAUCUAUUCUUUGAAUGUAAGUAUUCUAGUCAAGUUUGGACCGCUAUUAGAGCAAAAGGGAGCAUGCAGGCAGUAUCGGAGAAGUGGGAGGACAUAUGUCAAUGGAUGGUGCCGAAAGCUAGAUCAAAAUCGGUGCAGGUGGUGUCGAACAAACUGCUUAUUUCGGCUACGGCAUACUACGUUUGGCAGGAGCGUAACAACAGAUUUUUUAGAAAUCAGUUACGUCCUCCGGAAAAGCUGUUGGAGAUCAUAGUUCAAACUGUUAGACUGAAGCUGAUGUCGUUCAAGUUUAAGAGGAGUGCGCGAGUACAAGCGUUCUUAGAAGAUUGGAAGUUGGAAGAGGCUGAUAGAUUUGGAAAUGACUAG